AUGCUUAAACGGAACAGACUCCCAAGGAAGCCCUCUCGAAUCCAACCCCCCGCCACCUCGCGAGUUCGUGUAAAGAAGCCGAUCUUGAUUCCUCCGACGAAUCUCCUCGGCCUUCUCCACGAUGUGAUCCAAGUAAGAGUCAAGAAUCAAGAUUUUGUCCUUUUUCUUGAUCCGGAGCGUGAAGCCUCGCUUCUCCUCGGGCAUUGGUCUCCAGGCGAAGGUUUGGGUUUGUCUCUGUGUGACGAUGUGUUCCCAGAGGACGGUGACGGAGUUGAACGUGUCGGCGAUGGAGUCGUUGUUGGAGAGGCCGAAGGUGAUGGAGGAGGAGUUGAGGGCGCGGGUGAGGGAGAGGCGGUUGGAGGAGAGGGAGGAGACGGAGGAGGAGGUGAGGUAGAGCUGGACGGCAUUGUAGAGCUCGUUGGUGUUGACGCCGUUGUCGAUCUCGGUGAUGUCGAAGUAGCAGAAGGAGGAGAAGAGUUGGAAGAAGCGGUUGAUGAGUUUGAGGGAGGCGAAACGGAGCUCCGGUGGGAAGACGGAGUUUAG